CCGGACAGUCGGUGCCGACCGCAGCUUGGAGAAACGCCAGCAAACCCUGCGACCAGUGCUUAUAACCAACAUGGAAGAAUGGUGUCGAUGGCAUUAUCUGAAUGAUGACACAAUUAAUCUAUUGAAACAUCAUGGUCUUUUCACAAUUGAAGGCAUAAAGAGCCUGACGACGAAUGACAUUGAUGAUCUAAACAUAAGCAUGGGUCAGAAAACAAUACUGCGGCAUCUACUGCGCUCGGAAAAUGCUCAGUCAUGGAUGGAGAAAAUCAAGAUUCCACAAGAAAAUGAUAUUAAUUUUGGAUGGAUACACUACGUAACUGAGCUCCUUAUUUUGUGUGAUGGUUGCGGGGAAGACCCAAUUAGAGGUGCCAGAUUUGUCUGUACUCAGUGUGACAAUUUUGACUACUGUUCUUCAUGCUUUCACACAAGAAGUCAUAAAGACCAUUUAUUUACCAGGAUUGAUUGCCCAGGCUCAAAACCAUCCUAUGCUGGAAGAUCAGGAAGCAGAUUAUCCAAAGGGAAAGAAAUCACUGACUCAAGUAUUUAAGAAAAUUUGCUGUCUCAGGUUCUUAAGAUUUCACUAAAACAAAUGAUGAAUGAAAAUGAGAACAUAUGGGCAAAAGAUGCAAAUACAAACUGGCUUUAAAUCACUUGUAUUAACAGAAAAAUAUUAAUUGGUAGAUAUUGGAAGCUAGGUAGCUUUCUACUGAGCUCAUAAUACAAUAUAGGGUGAAGGAGAAUUGGGUAGUUUUGAACGUGGUGCUCAUGUCCAUUCUGAAUCUUGUGUCGAAAACAAAAAAGGUGGAAAUAUCAUUUUAACUAAAGAAUAAAAUGGAUAUGUAUGAGAUUAUAGAGAAUGACAAGGUCCAAACAAACAUUUGCAGUCAGGUCACAGGAUACUCUAUGCAGGGAGGUCCAAGAAUGAGGAACAAGGUUCUUUGGGACAGAGGCCAAGCAAGCAGAAAUGAGGAAAAAAAAAAAAUCAGAAUAGGCUAUUUAGUUCAUACUGAAGAUAGUAGUAAUCAGCCAGCAACCAGCCAUGUGCAGGAGAGCUUCUUUAAAUGAAUAUUCACUCCGGAUAUCGUGCAGUUAAUGCUGGAGGAACUCAAGUCGAGCAGCAUUUAUGGAGAAAUAAACAGUUGUGUUUUAGGGAAGAUGCUUCAUCAGGACUAGAAAGAAAGGAAGGGGGCAGAAGCCAGAAAAAAGUGGGGUAGGUGGGAAAAAAAAGGAGUACAAGCUAGUAGGUGAUAGGUGAAACCAGGCGAGGAGAUGGUGAUGGGGUAUGAUGCAAGAAGCAGAAGGUGAUUACUGGAGAGGUAAAAGGCUGAAGGAGGAAUGUAAUAGGAGAGCUCAAUGGAAUCGAAGGGAAGGAGAUAUA